AUGAUGCUGAUGGAUCUUGAUAUUCUUGAUUGUCCUAUUUGCUACGAAGCAUUGACGGUUCCUAUCUUCCAGUGUGAUAAUGGACAUAUAGCUUGCUCUUCUUGCUGUCCUAAACUGAAAAAUAAGUGCCCUGCUUGUGCUUUGCCUAUUGGUCACAGUCGUUGCAGAGCAAUGGAGAAAGUUGUUAAAUCAGUUUCUUUCCCAUGCCCAAACUCCAUCUUUGGUUGCACCGAGAGUUCCUCUUAUGGGAAAGAAUCAAAUCAUGAGAAAGAAUGCAACUUCUCUCCAUGCUCAUGCCCUGAACAAGACUGCAAUUAUACUGGCCCAUACAAGGAUCUCUACAAUCACUAUGCUCUUACUCACUCGAAAGGAUUCAGGCUUGAUUCCUUCAGUUGUGGCGUUUCCUUUACCAGCCUUAUAAACAUCAGCGGCACGAUGAAAAUCGAAAAGGAAGACGUCAAGAGGCUACUGUUUGCAGUGCAGUGUUUCAGGGAACCGUGUGGUGUGUAUUUAACUGUAAGCUGCAUUGCACCAUCUACUCCAGAAGUGGGAGAGUACUCAUAUCAUGUUUCCUACAAUGUGGACGAUGGACACACUUUGACUUAUGGAUCACCAAAUAUGAAGAGGAUUCUCGAAGUGAGUUUUCAUGUCCCCCAACAGAAUUUCAUGUUCAUCCCGAACCAUUUCUUGCGUGGUGACUGGUUGGAUAUAGAAUUAUGCAUCCGGAAGUUGAACUAAAAAUAACAAAGUUGGGGAUAUAGAAGAAGGUCCCUUUAUUAAUUAUUGUUUUUGUUGUCAUUGUAGUUAAAAGUUUUGACAUGAUGAACUAAGAUUAGUCAAUGUCUUGACUUA